AUGAGUUCGUUCUUCAGCGCCGCAAUGCGCCUGCUCACGCAGAGAAAGCCGAGCGAAGGCCACAUGAGUAAUGAGCAUGAACAGACUUUCGCUGGGAGACCCCAGGCAGGAGAGCCUUCCAUGAUACCUCCUGUCCACCAGGAGUCUGGUGCUGGCACAAUCGUACCACGGACAGAUAACCGGCCUGUAUACCUCAACUCCAAUGAGGAUUCCCUCACUCUAUUCCGCCUGAUGUUGGGCAUCCAGUCUACACCCUACCUUGGGUUCACACUGUCGAGCCCGAUAGGAACACGUCCCGCCGCAAAUAUCGGUCUCUACGCGCGCAUCGUCCACUCAGAGCAAAAGGCAAAAGACAGUUUCAAAGUAUUUUCGGUAGUCAUCAAUGGAUGUUACUUUCUACAGAUCGUAAUAGCCGCCGCUCUGACGGCUCUAGGAGCAGCGGGUGCAAACUCGGGCGCCGUUACCGCUUUUGGUGCUCUCAACACCGUUAUUGCAGGUUUCUUAACGUUCCUCAAAGGAAGUGGAUUACCGGGGAGGUUGAAAUACUACGGCAACGAGUGGAAGAAGAUCCGGGAGUUCAUCGAACAGCGCGAGCGCGACUUUAUGCGACCAGGGCACAAUCUCAACGUGUACGAGGUGAUCGACACAAUCGAGAAGAUGUACAACAACCUUAAGGCCGAUAUUGAGUUGAACACUCCCGACAGCUACACGUCGGUGACGAACCAGCGGCGCGUGGGCGACGAGAAGGAGGCGAAGAUUGGCGGCAUCGAUAUGUCAAAGCUCGAAAGCAUUGCGACCAAGCUGAAGGGUUUCGAUAACGAAAAGCUUGACAGCCUAACAGCGAGCAUCACGCGCAAGACCGAGGAUGUCACCAAGUCCAUCCACGAGCACGAAAAGCAGAUAGGCGAGGAGGUCAACAAUCUCAAGAAGGACGUCAUCCGGGACGUGCAGAGCCACAAGGCGCACCUAGACCGCGAGGCCAAGCAGCGGGAGGCGCAGGCCCUCGCCGCCAUCAACGAAGGGAAGCAAACAGCGCGAGACGCAAAGGAGAGUGUCGAGGGACACGUACACGCGCGCGCACUAUCCACGAUCAACGACACAGGGCGGGCAGCGCAAGAAGGCAUCGACGCGACGACAAGCCAUGCGACGAGUUCCAUCUCCGGCUUGGUGAGGGAGAUAAGCGACAUCCAUCGCACCGCGUUGUCAGGCGGACGGCGAGCCGCGGCGCAGCAGAUCCGGAGUUUAGCCCUGAGACUAGGGGGACAUGAGGACGACGACGACCACGAAGAAGGAGCAAGACCAGGAGCGAGGAAACCCCAGGGAAAACCCGGGUCGUGA